GAUAAUUACUCUCCUCCCCCGCACUUUUACAACACAGGGUGCUAGCCUACAGUCUGUACUCUGUACCCAUCAAAAUCGGAAGCUGAAGCUAGCAGUAGAAGGGUCGCAGCAGUAGUGCAGCCAUCGAAAUCCUAGAAAAAGAAGAGAAAAAGCUCACAAAUCUCUUUAGGGUUCUCUUCGAAAUCUAUCUCUCAUUAUCAUUCUCUCUGCCUUUCACAUUUCCCAAUUCUACUCUCUCAAAACCACUCCUACCCCAUCUCCCCUCAGUUUCAAUUUUUUUUUCUCGUUGUUAAAUCCAUGGAGCCAUGAAUCAUUAACACUUGGUGAGAUCUAACGUGGGAAGCUUGACGGGUAAUAGAAAUUUUAUAAUGCCAAGGCAAAGUCGGGCCGCCAUGGAAGAAUUGCUUCCUGGAAAAAUCAGAAAACGUGGGUGUUCCUCUUCAGCGUCUUCGUCGUCUUCGAUUAUUCAGAAUUACAGAUUUAAGAGAGCGAUUUUGGUAGGGAAGAGAGGCGGAUCCAGUACGCCCGUGCCCACGUGGAAGCUGAUGGGGACGGCGAGGACCCCAUCGUCAGCAUUGCGGGCAAUGGACUCUCCUAAGUGCGUUCUCUCGCAAAACGGCGUUGUCAAGGGGAAGCUGCAGCAUCAGCAGGCAGCGGUAGUUUCGGCCAGGAAGUUGGCGGCGACGCUGUGGGAGAUGAAUGAGAUGCCGUCUCCUAAAAUGAAGGAGACGAUGGGGUCGGAGGAGAGGAGGUUAAGGAAGGAAGCAAGAGCCAGAGAGAGGGCGACCAGGUCUGUCCGUUCGGGUUCUUUGCCUCCUCAUUUGUCUGAUCCAUCUCAUAGUCCUAUCUCCGAGAGGAUGGAGCGAUCAGGAACUGGCAGUCGCCAUGGAAGAGCAUCGUCAAUUUCUCAAAGGCUUAGGCUUACAGACCACAAUGUUGCAGCAUUUGAUUCUAUUAGCAAUGCCAGUUUAAUGGAGGUUGAGAUGAGAUCUCGAGCCCAAACUCCUGCUGGAUCUACUGCUGGAGCUAAGAAUCGUUUGAAGGAUGUCAGUAAUGCCUUGAUCACUUCUAAAGAACUCUUAAAGAUUAUCAAUCGUGUGUGGGGUAAUGAAGAUCGGACUUCCUCAAGCAUGUCUCUUAUCUCAGCCCUACAUGCUGAGCUUGAGAGGGCUCGCCUGCAGGUUAAUCUUCUUAUCCAAGAACAGCGCUCAGACCAGAGUGAUAUAAACUAUUUAAUGAAGCGCUUUGCUGAAGAAAAGGAAGCAUGGAAAAACAAGGAGCAGAAGGUGGUUGAAGCUGCUAUUGAGUCCAUUGCUGGAGAACUUGAUGUAGAGAAAAAGUUGAGGAGACGGCUGGAGAGCUUGAACAAGAAGCUUGGUAAGGAACUAGCUGAGAUGAAGUCUUCUCUGUUGAAGGCAAUGAAAGAACUUGAGAACGAGAAGAGAGCAAGAGUUGUAAUGGAGCAAGUAUGUGAUGAAUUAGCCAGGGAUAUUGGUGAAGAUAAAGCAGAAGUUGAAGAACUGAAGAAAGAAUCAGCAAAACUUUGCGCAGAGGUUGAGAAGGAAAGGGAGAUGAUGCAGUUGGCUGAUGUGUUGCGUGAGGAGAGAGUCCAAAUGAAACUUUCAGAAGCUAAAUAUCAACUUGAAGAGAAGAAUGCAGCUGUAGACAAACUGAGGAGUCAACUUGAAGCCUUCUUAGGACCAAAAAGAAUCAAAGAAAAACAUCGCGGUGCUUAUCACGCGAAUGAUGAAGAGAUUGCAGCUUACUUGAACAAAGCUCGUUCUGUUUCCCAUCAGAAUGAAGUGAAUGAGGAUGAUGGUGAAGUAGAUGAUGGGAUAGAAUGUGAAGAAGACUCGGGUGAUAGCGAUCUUCACUCGAUAGAACUGAACAUGGACAACAGUAAUGAAAAAUACAAAUGGACACAUCCUUCUGGAAUUCCUUGUGAUUUGAGAAAUGCAAUCAAAGGGGAAGAAUCCAAAGGGAGGAAGUCUACCUCCAGCAAAGUACCUAGGAGAAGUACUUUGGAAAGAAGCUUAUCGGAUGGAGUUGAAUGGAGCACACAAAAUGAUAGGCUUUCAAUUACAGGGGAUGGAAGAGACUUGGAGGAAUUCUCUGAACUUGAGAGGCAUCUCGAAGGGAAAAGCUGCGCACAAGAAACGCAUGGCUAUCAAACGGUGAAGGGGUUCAGGGACUACAAGUUAUCAAGUUCUAGAAUAGAUUCUGCUAGAGGUUAUGCGAAUCCUACGCCGAAAAUAGGGCAGCGGACUCUUCGAGAUCCUGGCAGCGCAGCACAAGAGAGACCUCCUACAGCUCCAGGACAUGCUUCAAAAUCAAGACAUAGUGAGGACCUUAUUGGAAGAAAAUCAAAAUGGUGAGCAUAGCAAGAGGCUUAGUGCAAGAAAAACCAAGCAGUGUGAAGUAGUGAUUUUGUUAAUCAAUGCUCUGCUUGCCAUUUGAGAGCUACUCAAGCCGCAGCAAUCGCUGCAUGAUCGUUUGUGUUAUAGGGUAAAUCGAAAAGAAGAAAAAAAAAGUAGUGAUUAUUCAGCCAAGUUUCUCAUGUACAAAAACAUUCUGGCACAAUUGAGCUUUUAACAUGCUGGAAGCAUUUAAUAUAUAUGCUUGUGAUA